AUGGGAGACGCCGCUCCGAUCGCCGACCUUCCCGAGGGCCCACCUGAUGCACCUGUCUUCCCAGCCGACGGCCUGCAGGCCCGAGUCGCCCAGAUCAACGCCAUCCCACUCAGCGGCCGACUGAACAUCCCCACCGCGAAGCUGGAGCGCCGUCUCACCAUUCACGAUGUCUGGCUCCAGGACCAUCGACCUGGCCUGGUCGCUGAGAGCGAGAGCCACCAACCUGUCCCCUCCUCUGCUGCCCCUCUGCGCAAUCACGGAAUCCACGUUCACAUCCGCCCGGAUGAUACCUCACUCCGUGACCUGCUGCCCCUCGUCGCCGGAUAUGUCAACCUAUCAGACGUCAAUCAACUCGGCUUCCUCUGGCGCGCGUUCCUCAGGCCAUUCGACGCAUACUACGAGGCCAAGAAG